AUAUAAAGUGGCUGCUUUUUAAUAAUCUGAAAACAUGUCUGAAUGUAAAAUAAUGUAUAUUUGUGCGAUAUAAAAAAGCCUUUUGCAUGUGAAGUUGCUAGCUGAUGGGCGGAGAUUUCCCACACUUAAACUUACCAUACUCUCAAUGGAGAAGACGCGUGGCGAUGUCAGUCAUUCCAAUAUCGUGUUCCAAUAACCAAUCGCAGAUUCGAUAGCAUCUGGCGAGAUACAUUCCGUCACAUUAGGCGUCCUUUGAUUGGUCAAUAGCACAGGUAUGCAGCGUGGGAAUCUGCGCAAAAUUACUUCACAUAAAGAUGAAGUGAACAACAUUUAAUCAGCCAUCAUCCAGGUGAGGUCAUUAUUUACAUCCAUUUCACCAACCAAACAGCAUAUCAUCAGUUACGAAGAAGAUGUCUGAGAAAGCUAUGACAAAAUUAGAGGGAGAAAAGAUAUCAUCGUGCAAUGCAAUGGAUAGAAAGACGAGUAAACCACUGAUGGAAAAAAGAAGACGUCAAAGAAUAAAUAACUCACUGACGCAGAUCAAAACCCUUGUUCUUCAAGCCAUGAAAAAAGACCCUUCAAGAUAUUCCAAAUUGGAGAAAGCUGACAUACUUGAGAUGUGCGUCCACCAUCUUCGAACUGUUCAAAAACGCCAGUUAUCUUUGACUCAAAAUGAUGCUAGUACUUUAAACAAAUACAGAGAAGGAUUCUCAAAAUGUGCAACAGAAACAAUGAAGUACCUUCAAACAGGGAAUAAUGUUAAUAUGGACGCUGAUGUACGUAAUAUGCUUACGGGACAUCUCUCAAACUAUGCAUCAAGCAUGUCUACAACGCCUGUAUCUCCUUCACAAAAUGUGACAUCCACAAUGGAGCAACCACUUAACAUUCGAAUCCCACAAGUUCCAUCAAAGAUCGCUCAACCUAUAAACAUUCAAAUUCCACAGAGUCCAGUUGGUACGAACACUUUAUACAAAAUGAGUCAACAAACUGUAAGCCAGCCACUAUUGGUUGCCAAGAAUGGGUCUCCAAAUGCAGUGAACUGUGCAUAUGUCGUGCUAGGGCAGGCUAACAUCGUCCCUAUGAACUCUUCUGGAGUAUCAAAUACUCUUGUGGUAUCACCAACAUAUGGCCUUACACCGAAUCAGUCAAACACAAGUCCUACAAUGGGGGCACUUGCUCCAUCACCCAUAGCCAUACAGACAGUCACAUCUGUACCAGUGCAAAGUAACACUCCAAACGUUGUGAAAUGUGAAACAAACAAUAGUUCAUUACAGAAAUCUCCAAUGUGGAGACCAUGGUAAACGUCUACAGAUAAUUGUUUCUCCAAAGCCAAACAGUGGUUUAAAUCCCACAAUCUACUAGUUUAUUGUACAUGUUAUAAGCUGCUGGUCAUGUUGAUAUGUGUUGAAUGAUAAUUCAACUAUAACUAGUUAAUUAUCCCCAUUCGUGGAUCUAUACUGCUGAUAUUUUGUUACUGCUGAUAAUGAAAUUUCAUUAUUACUUAAUUUUACUUAUUUUAACUGCUGAAUUAUGUCACUGCCGAUAGAGUUCCCUUGUUGUAAAGUUUACUCACUUUAACUGUUGAAUUAUGUUCCUGCCGAUAGAGUUCCCUUAUUGUAAAGUUUACUCAUUUUAAUUGCUGAAUUAUGUCACUGCUGAUAGAGUUCCAUUAUUGUAAAGUUUACUCAUUUUAACUGCUGAAUUAUGUCACUGC